AUAAACCAAGGUUGAACAAGAAUAUCCUCCUCUGCAUAAUUCCGUCUACUUUAUGCGCCAUCUCCAAAAGGAAAGCUCGCGCCGGUGAAAAAAAUGGCUUCUUCCUUCUCCUAUUUGACCGUGUUGUACCUCUCUUAUCUGCCUUUACUCUUCCAAGCCACCCUGGGAUCAUCAGAUCAUCACACGAUCGUCCUACCAACGACGCCGGCGAACCAUAUCUUUAAAAUUGCGAUCUUUGCCGACUUACACUUCGGGGAGAACGCGUGGACGGACUGGGGACCGGAACAGGACGUGAAUUCUAUGAGGGUCAUGUCAAGUGUGCUGGACAACGAAACUCCAGAUUUCGUAGUGUAUCUUGGAGAUGUUAUUACGGCCAACAACAUCCCGAUUGCAAACUCAAGCUUAUAUUGGGAUCAGGCACUCUCUCCAACAAGAUCCAGGGGCAUCCCUUGGGCUACCGUGUUUGGAAACCAUGAUGAUGCUCCGUUCGAGUGGCCCAUUCAGUGGUUUGCUGCCCCUGGAAUUCCUACGCUCCUUUGCCCUGUCCCCAAUUCAUCCUACUCAGGGGAAGACUGUAGUUUUAGGGGAACAUCACGAUUGGAGCUGAUGAAAAACGAGAUGGAUAAUAAUGUGCUCUCAUUAUCUAGAACCGGGCCUCAAUGUCUAUGGCCGGCUAUAUCCAACUAUGUUCUCCCGGUCCUGUCCAACGAUAAACGUUUAGUGCAUCUCUACUUUCUUGAUUCUGGUGGAGGAACCUAUCCACAAGUUGUAUCAGCAACCCAAGCCAAGUGGUUCAAGCGUGUAUCUGAAGAACUUAAUCCCGAUUCAAGGGUCCCAGAAGUAAUCUUCUGGCAUAUACCAAGUAAAGCUUACAGGAAGGUGGCUCCUAUAUUCAGAAUAUACGAGCCUUGUGUGGGUUCCAUUAAUAAGGAAAAGGUUGCUGCUCAGGAAGCUGAAAUGGGCAUCAUGAAGAUACUUGUUAAAAGGCCAUCCGUCAAGGCAGUGUUUGUAGGGCAUAACCAUGGAUUGGACUGGUGUUGCCCAUACAGGAAGCUCUGGCUUUGCUUUGCUAGACAUACAGGUUACGGUGGAUACGGAAACUGGGCUAGAGGGUCUAGAAUCCUUCAAAUCAAUGACCACCCUUUCUCCAUAAGCUCCUGGAUAAGGAUGGAAGACGGUUCAAUGCAUAGUGAAGUAAUCCUUAGUUAAUCAAUUCUCAACAUAUAUAUUGUUACUCUCCGUCUCUCUUUGUCUAAUUCAAAUUGUCAUCACUCAACACUUAUAUAUUAGAGGAAGUUGAGACCGGCA